AUGACCAAGACAAUUACUGUGUGUGGUGCCACUGGCACUGUUGGUAACUCAGUAGCCCUUCGACUCCUCCAAGAAGGCUGGCAUGUCAAAGCUAUAACCCGCAACCAGGAUUCCGCUGCUGCAAAGGCACUCUAUGAUGCUGGUGCUGAGCUAGCGACUGCCGACUAUGAUGACAUAGCAUCCCUCGAGACUGCUUUCCAGGGCACUCACGCGAUCUUUGGCAUCACCAACAUCUUCCAGUAUCUUCUCGACGACGGUCCUGAUGCAGCUGCUGAGAGAGAAAAGCAACAACUUGUCAAUGUCGCUACUGCGGCUAGCAAGAUUGAGACUCUCGACCAUUUGAUCCUGCACACUCUCCCUGGUGGUGAGAAGCUUGCCGGACCUGGUAACUUCGUACCACACAUGGACGGCAAAGAUGGAGCUGCAGACAUCAUAAAGAAGGAACUUCCCGUUCUUGCUGCAAAAACCACUUUCAUGUGGAUCGGCUUCUUCACCAGCAAUUUCUACGAGACACCAAUGUUGAAGCCCGUCGAAGUGCCAAACACCAAUGGCUCUCACGUCUACAUCCAACCAGCCGACCCGACCCUCCACAUCUACUUCGCAGGCGACGUCCCCACCAACGCCGGUAUCUUCGUCUCUGCCAUUCUCAAAAACCCAACUAUAUCUCUGCCCGCAAAGUACGCCUUCUUAUACACCUCUCAAGGCACAAUGCAGGAAUAUCUACAAGCAUGGAUAAAUGUCACUGGCAGACAAACAACAUUCAUCACCACUACCCUGGAAAACUACGAGAAGAUCUGGGGUCCGUUUGGCAAGGAAAUUGGACUUAUGCUAAAAGCUUUUGCGCAUGUGGAAGAUUGGACGACGCCGUAUAGAGGUGAUGUUAUCACGGCGAAGGAUUUUGGUCUCGACGAGGGGGAGUUGGUGGAUCUUGAGGCUGCUUUACAGAUGGCUGCUGAGAAACUCUGA